AUGUUCCGAUAUUCUGUCAAGACCAUCAGCGGCGGCUCGGGACGGCUGGCUGGCACAAAGACAAGAGUCCCGAACCUAUCAAGCAUUCAAAGAGCCUAUGCUUCUGUGACCAACGCAGGCGUAGGUGUGUCAAAGCCACCUACAACCCCUAACGCUGGGGUUGAAGGAGGAGCUGAGGAAGAAAAGAAGCCGCUAACAAAGCCUGAACAUUUGUCAAGAGAAGCUUUCGAUCAGAAAAGAGAAAAGAAGUUGCAACAAUAUCAAGCCUUGUUGCAGGAGAAAGCAAAACGGGAAGGAUUCUCAUCUGUGGAGCAAAUGGUUGCAAAGGAGAAAGAGCGAAAAGCAGCAAAAGAUGCAUCAGAAGCAGCUAAUGCCGCAGCGAAAGGAUCUUCGGGUCAUUCUGGUUUGAGCGAAAAAGAUGCAAAGCUAGCAUCAGAUAUCUUGAAACGUGUAGAAGCGGAAGCUGAAAGGAAGAUCAAAUCGGGUAAUUUCAGUUCAGGACCGAGUGCACUAAAGACGUUGGGUGAUAUCAUCGAUUUGGAAAAGGUACGUUCUGAUUCACCAGAGACUAUUUCUCAACUUUGGACGCAAUAUCACUCUCUUAAGAAUAAGCUCUCUGCAGUCAUACCAGCACGUCAAUACGCCGAGAUGGUUUCAAAAGCAAAACAGUACCCUCAAUUCCUCUUGCCAUUGCCACGCACAAUUGUUGGAUCGGACGAUGUGAACAAAACAGCAAAUGUUGCACCUGGAGAACGCAAGAAUGGAUAUGAGAUGCAAUAUAUGGAAUGGGGAUUCCUACCUAAACCAGAUCUAGAAGAGAUCACAGCAAAAGUCGAACAAUCGGUAGAUCAUUCGAACGAAGAUAAAGAAGUGAUUGAAAAAGCUUCUCCGACAACAGUUUUGUUUACACCAUUGGCAGAGUACAAACUUCGACAAGAAUUCGCACAACCCGUUCUGAUCGUUACGCAUUAUACCGAUUUGGCAUUAUCGAAAGGUAUUGUUCUUUUGCGUGGAGAGGUGACUGAAGGUCAAGAUGCACAAUCUGCUCCAACCGGCAUGGCAGCUGCAAUUGCAGCUUCACAAGCAGGUGAAACGUCAAGCGAAAAGUUGGACAGACUCAAAGCACCCCUUCAAAGUCAAGGCAAAUUAUCACAACAAGAUGCUCAAUUGUUAACAGUUAUGCUUCAACGCUUUUAUAUGCCCGUCAGUUCGAAUGCCGGACCUCAACCUGGCGCACAAGAGAGACAAGAGCUAUUAGACGCUUUCCAUGGCGAUCCAGACCGAUUUGAUGUAGACAAAUUGUGCAAGAGUGCAUUUGAAUUUUAA